ACCUGGCACCCCUCUUUUCUUUUCCCCUGUCCAUGAUUGUGGGGGGCUGUCGGAGGGUCACUGUCCGGGAGGGUUGGACCCUUGAAACGGACAUGGUUGGGGCGCCCUGUUGGUUAGUGGAGGAGAGACAAAGAGCUGUGGGGUGCUUCCAGAACACAAUUGCUAGACUUACUGUCCUAGAAGGCUGUGAUACAGGCCCCUGUGUAUAGAGGCAGCCCUGUGUUUCAAGUUGUUUAUAGCCAGAGAAGUCCUUUAUGGCUUCAAGGUCUCAUCUGUAAAAAAGAGUGGGCUGGAUGCAAGGAGUCUGACCAUCCCCACGCAGCGAGCCUGGCAUCCGGGGCCCAGUGAGUUCCCGCCCACCCUUUUCCCUCAGGGUUGCUCCGCAUUCUCGGGCCUGGGAUGUGAGGACGAGGUGUUUCCGGACUCGGCCCUAGGCCGACCCUGCGUGGCUGUGACGUAUUUCGCCCCGCCUGCCUUGGGUGGUGACGCAAAUGGCCACGCCCCCGCGCUGACGUCACCGGCCCGGUUCCCUCUCCGGGGAGCGACGGCGGACGCGCGGCUCCCACCCCCUCCCCUCUCACGGGUUCUCCCCUCCCCGGUGGCGGCCGCGGCCCGACCCUGUGGUAGGCGAUGGCCCGGGCCCCGAGCGCGGGCUAGCGUGCCUGGGUGCCCGGCCAUGGGCUGUAUUGGCUCUCGGAGUCCGGCGGGUCAGGUGGCCUCGGACCCCGCUUGGGCUGUGGAGUGGAUCGAACUUCCUCGGGGCCUCUCUCUAUCUUCCUUGGGAUCUGCUCGGACCCUCCGAGGCUGGAGCCGGUCCUCCCGCCCUUCCUCCGUGGACAGCCAGGACUUGCCAGAGGUGAAUGUUGGAGACACAGUCGCGAUGCUGCCCAAGUCCCGGAGAGCCCUAACCAUCCAGGAGAUUGCUGCGCUGGCCAGAUCCUCCCUGCAUGGUAUUUCUCAGGUGGUGAAGGACCACGUGACCAAGCCCACCGCCAUGGCGCAGGGCCGAGUGGCUCACCUCAUUGAGUGGAAGGGCUGGAGCAAGCCAAGCGACUCCCCUGCUGCCCUGGAAUCAGCCUUUUCCUCCUAUUCAGACCUCAGCGAGGGCGAACAAGAGGCUCGCUUUGCGGCAGGCGUGGCUGAGCAGUUUGCCAUUGCAGAAGCCAAGCUCCGGGCAUGGUCUUCAGUGGACGGCGAGGACUCCACCGAUGAAUCCUAUGAUGAAGACUUUGCUGGAGGAACUGACUCAGAGAUGACCGGACAGCUGCCUCUGGGGCCCCAUCUCCAGGACCUCUUCACUGGCCACCGAUUCUCCAGGCCUGUGCGCCAGGGCUCUGUGGAGCCUGAGAGCGACUGCUCGCAGACCGUGUCCCCAGAGACCCUGUGCUCCAGUCUGUGCAGCCUGGAGGAUGGGUUGCUGGGCUCCCCAGCCCGCCUGGCCUCCCAGCUGCUGGGCGACGAGCUGCUCCUCGCCAAACUGCCCCCCAGCCGGGAAAGUGCCUUCCGUAGCCUGGGCCCAUUGGAGGCCCAGGACUCACUCUACAACUCGCCCCUCAUGGAGUCCUGCCUUUCCCCCGCCGAGGAGGAGCCAGCCCCCUGCAAGGACUGCCAGCCUCUCUGCCCGCCGCCGGUGGGCAGCUGGGAACGGCAGCGGCAAGCCUCUGAUGUAGCUUCUUCUGGGGUGGUGUCCUUAGAUGAGGAUGAGGCCGAGCCGGAGGAACAGUGACCCAGAUCAUGCCUGGUGGUGGCAUGUGGCUCCCGGCCACCGCUGGGGGCAGAGCCUCUGUGCCCAAGUGCAGGCGAGAGGCUUCCGGCAGAGCUCCAAAGCCUAGAGGGCUCCUGGGAGCGCUCACUCCUCCGUUGUGUGUUUUGCAUGAAAGUGUUUGGAGAGGAGGCAGGGGCAGGUUGGGGGCGCAUGUCCUGCCCCCACUCCUGGGGUUUGCCGGGGGUUGCCCGGGGCCCCUGGGGCAUGGCUACAGCUGUGGCAGACAGUGAUGUUCAUGUUCUUAAAUCAAAAACGCCACAUACACAUUUCCUCCUUGGAUGAUGUGAACCCCUAAGGGGGUGGCUGUGACUGGGCCUUGUGGGGUGGAACAGGAGGGAGCCCGGCGCCCCCGCCCCCUUCCCCACGCCUCUCUCUUCUCUGCUUCUCUCCACCUCUUAAGUCCAUGUGCAGUGCUCGAUAGAAUCCCCCUACCCCAGGGUGGGCUGGCUCUUACCCUCCUGGAGCCUAGGCUUGAGCCGCCCCCCAAGGGCCCCUUGCCCAGCUGGGCUCGUGCUGUGCUUCGCCUCUCCAUCAUCUCUAAAUCUUCUUCUUUUUCCUAAAAAAA